GAGAGUGACGUCACGCAGUCACGAGACGCGUUGUUAUGUAAGCGGUUAAUGAGGUCCAGGCCACGCGGUGUGCUGUAGCUCAGUGCCGUAAUGUGUUUAGAGGAUUAAAAUCGCAUGUGGGUAAUAUGUGGAGGAUAGAUGAGUGUAAAGAGAGUUCGAUUUGAAUCAGCGGUAAGACAGACAGAGACAGAGACAGACAGAGAGAGCAAGAGAAAGAGGGAAUUUAGAAGUUUGAUUCUACUCGGAUCCUCACUGGAUUGAGCUCACAGUUUGCUAGGUUGUGUGAGGGGUGACAGGCGGCGGGCUGAGCCCCGGACAGUAGAGCCGGCUUUGGCCUGCUGGAGCUCGGGGGAUGUUGUCCGUGCUCUCCUGCGGCAGACUGCUGGCCCGCGCUGUCCUCGGCGGCCUUUCCCAAACCGACAGCCGGGAUUACAGCCUCGUAUCGGCCAGCUUUGGUUAUGGCAAAGAUUUCCGCAAGGGUAUUUUAAAGAAAUGCAUGUGCUACGGGGAUGACGCCUGGUUUAUCGCGCGACACAGAUCCGCUGAUGUGUUGGGUGUAGCUGAUGGAGUGGGAGGCUGGAGGGAUUAUGGGGUUGAUCCUUCUCUAUUCUCUGGAACUCUCAUGAGGACAUGUGAGAGACUGGUCAAGGAAGGCCACUUUGUGCCGAGCAACCCUGUGGGAAUUCUUACUACCAGUUAUUACGAGCUCCUUCAGAACAAAGUACCUCUCUUAGGAAGCAGCACAGCCUGUAUAGUGAUGCUGGACAGGCGGAGUCACCGGCUUCACACAGCAAAUUUGGGAGAUUCUGGCUUUUUGGUUGUUCGAGGAGGGGAGGUAGUACACAGGUCUGAUGAGCAGCAGCACUAUUUCAACACACCCUUCCAGCUUUCAAUUGCUCCUCCAGAGGCAGAGGGCUCUGUUCUUAGUGACAGCCCCGAAGCUGCAGACAGCACAUCCUUCGAUGUCCAGUUAGGAGACAUCAUCCUUACAGCCACAGAUGGGCUCUUUGACAACAUGCCAGACUAUAUGAUCUUACAAGAACUCAAGAAGCUCAAGAACACCAAUUAUGAGAGCAUCCAGCAGACAGCCAAGAGUAUUGCAGAACAGGCCCAUGUUUUGGCAUAUGACCCCAAUUACAUGUCACCUUUUGCACAGUUUGCUUGUGACAAUGGCCUGAAUGUUAGAGGAGGAAAGCCAGAUGACAUCACUGUCCUACUGUCUAUCGUUGCGGAGUACACAGACUGAGGUGCUCCACUUGUCCUCUUCACUAGAGCAGUCAUUACUUCCUGCUGGCAGGAUGGGCAGAAUUUCAUUUCUUUGCCAAGGACCAAACUCUGAUCCCCUUUAUUGGAUUUGACACUGACCUUUACAGCUUCAUGUAAACCACCCAUAAAUAAGCAAAAUGAUAAAUAAUUAAAAAACAAAUAGAAUCGUUUGAGACCAAUCCAUUGCAUCUUUGAUUAUGAAUAAAGAAAAUAGCAUGCAGGAAACAUUUUUUGACAUGACAAAAGCUAAAAAUGAGUAGCAUAACACGAACCACUAUGCAGGAAUAUGCAACAUGAAAUUAACCAGUGAGAGGACUAACGUUGUUCCAGCAGGGAGAUGUGUGGAGAUAAUCAUGAAAAAAUGCAUCAUUAUGCCAGGAGAGGCCUAUCUGUGGAGUCUAGAGAUGAAGAAAUGUGUCAUGAUGCUAAUAGCAAACCCGUAGCGACUCAUGAUGAUCAGUUUGGCCUUGAAUAAUCAAUUUAAAAAGCCAUUUUUAACUAACUUGUGUCUUUAAUCUGGCUGUAAUCUGAUUCUUUGUUGAUGUAUAACACCACAAUCCAGGAACCAGGGUAAAGGGAAGUCAGACGAAUGUGAAUAAGUGGACAAUUUCAUUGUGUUGUUUUUGUUUACUUGUUCUCUUUUUUUAUAUUUAAUAUAUUAAAUAUUGUGUUCGAUUAGUUUUUCAGCACAGUCUGGGUUGUGAUGUAAGAAUAAUGCAAGAGACUGCAAGGUUUUAUCUUUUGAGGAAAAAAACCCUUCACGCUCUUUUAACCACUUUAAAGGUUCACGUGUGUGCAUGCAUGUGGACGCGAGUGAUAUACUGUAUGUAAAUACAAACUUCUGUAUAUCUAUGUAUGCAUUAGGAAACAAACAAUUGUAUACGAAUAUCUUAUAUUUUAUAAGUGUAAUUUGUGUGUUCCAACUUUUUUGUAAUCUUACUUUGAAAUAUUCCUUGACAUGUACACUUAAUACACAGGGAUUUAAUGCUUAACGCAUUUAUGAAUGCGUUAAGCAUGUGUGUGUUAUGUCUAAUAAAGAUCUAUUUUUCUA